CGUGGCUACUGUGGAAAAUCCUUUAGGACAGGAAAAGGGGGCGUCCGCCUGCUACAGCCCUAGUUCACAUCUCAAACACAGCAGCGCCUGGAUGGCAGGGUCAAGCCGGAGUAAAAACUGUAGGAAUUUCAACAGGAAAUGUUACUCUCAAGUGCCUUGCGGAGGUCUGGGCUGAUGAGAGCAGGACCAGAGAGGCCCUUGUGGCCAGCUGCUGUGCUUCUCGUUGCCGCCGGUCUCCUGGCUGUCACCUCCACUUCGUCUUUUGGUGGGAAAAUGAUGGCUCAGACUGCUAUGGCCCAAGCAAAGACUGCGCCUGCAGGGUCAAGCCCAUGGGCCACUGAGGACCUUUUGGAUCUCCAGUACCUGUAUGAGCUGCUUUCCACUGAUAACUUAGAUGUUUGGUUCUGUUCCCUCGUGGGAUCUAUUGCCAUUGGCCUCAGUGGUGUCUUUCCGCUCUUGGUGAUACCCCUUGAGGCUGGAAAAUCUCUGAAAACUGAGGCUGGGUGUCAGAAGCUGAAGAAGCUGCUGAGUUUUGCUAUUGGUGGUCUCCUUGGGGACGUGUUUCUCCACCUUCUGCCUGAAGCUUGGGCUAACACUUACAGCUCUGAUGGAUGUCACAGACACUUCAAAAUGCAAGGCUUGUGGGUCAUAUUGGGUCUCCUGUCUUUCCUGAUCUUGGAGAAAAUGUUUCCUGAUAAUGACAGAGACUCGGACAACAAAGCAGACUGCCAGAAAGCCACUUCCUGUUUAACAGAUCUGAGCAGCAAGGUUUCUGUGUCCCAACAAACAAAUGGCAUCUGCUCUAACAACAACUCCGACUCAACGCCAAAAACUGACAUCAGUCCUUAUAUAGAGCCAGAGAAAAUAAAGACGAGUGGUUAUCUAAACCUUCUUGCUAACUGCAUUGAUAAUUUUACUCAUGGGCUAGCGGUGGCUGGAAGUUUCUUAGUAAGCAAAAAGGUUGGUCUCCUAACAACACUCGCCAUCCUGCUUCAUGAGAUUCCUCAUGAGGUGGGAGAUUUUGCCAUUCUGCUACGAGCAGGGUUCGACCGUUGGAAAGCUGCACGCAUGCAGCUAUCUACAGCACUUGGAGGAGUCCUGGGGGCGUGUUUUGCUCUUUGCUCCCAAUCAUGGCAGGGGGCAGAGAAUGCCACUGCUUGGAUCCUACCCUUCACCUCAGGUGGAUUUCUCUACAUUGCCUUAGUUAAUGUGGUACCUGAUCUGUUAGAGGAGACGAGCCCUAGGAACUCAUUUCUACAGGUUCUGCUGCUGGUUUGUGGGAUAGCAGUCAUGGCUUUUCUCUCCGUCAUCAUAGACUAGAAAUUGCAUUAAUCAUGUUACAUCUAGCAUCCUGGAGGAAUAAAGAGACAAUUCCCUCCACUCUUUAAGCUUUAAAUAGACAUUUUUGUCAACCCCAAAAACAAUGUAAGGGAUGUCAAUGAAAAAAGCAAUGUUGACAAUCAGGUACAGUAUGUGCAUGUGGCCUUAUCUCUUACAUUCCUUGAACCAUUUGUGCUUUUCCAAUGAAGUUUAGAGUGAACCUGAACCAAACAGUAAGAAGAAAGCAAUAGAUGUUUGUAAUCUUCCAAAAACGUCUCUGUGAUGUCAAUGGGUCACACAAACAAUUAAAGAAUGUGCUUUGACUAUAAGUAGUAUUAUGUUUCAUAUCAAUAUUUUAAACUGAAGUCAAUUGAAAACACAACACAUCCAUUUAUUAGAGACGGAACACGGAUAGAUAUGCUUACAUAAUCCGAUUUUUGUGUUCAUCAUCAUUAAACAGGUUAUUUGUAUUCCCUUAAUUUAUGCUGCCACAUUGUUGAUAGUCAUUCUAGUAAAGGUGAUCAUACACAAGUUUGCGCAUGCUGCGAUACUGUAGUUGUAGAUAACUACAUACUCUUUGCUCUUUUUUUCCAAACAUACUCUUAAUAAUACUCAUUUGCUUGUGUUAUUUCUUUCUGUACAGUAUUAGUCUUUUUUUAUUGGUUGGGUGCCACUACACUGCUUAUUUUUUACCUUUAACUGAUUUUCUGCACAGUUAAUUGUGUUCCCGGCAUUAUAAAUGAUGCAAUGUUAAGCGGUUCAGAUAAUAUUAGUGGAUUAAAUUCUUUUACCUGAUUUAUUGCCAUUUCAUACAAUAAGUGUUGAUAAAUGUAUCACCGUUGCGUACAUGAAAUGUUACUGAAAAUAAUGUUUUGCACCCAUUACUUGGCAGAGGAGGCUUGCCGGAAUGUAAAUAUUUGAAUUAGAGAUGAUAUAUAUAUAUAUACAUAUAUAUAUAUAUUUAUGCUGUUAAUGUCAUAUUGAAUUAAAAUCAAGGUCCUCCCUUUGUUGUUGUUGAAAUAAAGAAACUUAAGAAUUACUAUUUGA